AUGAUAUCAGAGUAUGUACCAACAGAUCUCUCUACAAUUAAAAGAGAAACUAAAAUCAAGAACCAAUAUGAAUUUGAGUAGGAAAUUGCUAACAUUUCAGAAGUACUGAAAGAUCUAAGCUCCACUGACUGCUCAGGUAAAAAAUUCUUUAGUUUAAAAGAAUUGUAGAUGGUAGAUCAAAGAUCAGCACUGACAAAAGAAGCUUCAAAAACAAUCGCUCUCAUGGCUGAAGUCAUGCAAGAUUAAUUUGAAAUACUAGCAUAGCGAUUCAUCCAUCCGAAUUCUCUGAUAAAAUUAGUUCAGAAUGCCAAUAAAAUUAUAUCAGAACAUGGUCAUUUGUGUAUUAUAGCUAUAUUACAUAAUGUUGUGUCAGCAAAGAUUGUUAAUAAAAUAUUUGAUGAGGCUAAGAAUAAGAGUCCAAUAGUUAGAUCUAAAGUAGCUCAGUAUUUUUUGGCAAUUCUUCUUACUUACCCUGAAGAGAUAGUCGACAGAUAAUCUCAAAUAAUUGAGGAUUAUUUAUUUUUAGCACUUAGUGAUGCUAAGCCAGAAGUACGUUAAAAUGCCAGAAUGUCUUAAGCUUAUGACAAUUUGUCCAAGAAUAGCCAGGCCAAUAUUUUAAGCAGAAAAUCUGAACCAGUUAUUUGCAGUAAGACCCAGCCAAACUUCUAUGGAGUUGCUCCUAACAAAAAUAUGAGUGAAUUUGAUGAUAACCAAUCCCUAUCUUCUAUAAAUUCAAUUAACUCUAAGAUGAGUAAGAUAAAUCUUAAUAAUAAUAACAAUGGCGGAAAUAAUCUUGCAAGGACUCAAGAUAACUUUGAUAAAAAAACCCAAAGGCAAAAAUAAAAUAUGCCUCUACCAGAUAAAUCCACUGAUUUUGAGUAAAUAUUACAGCCUCAUGCUUAUCCCUCUAGUACUGAGAAUCAUAACUAGAGAUCUUCAAAGAGAUAAAAAGCUAACUAUAUAGAUCUUCCGAUUUAGUAAGACGAAGAAACCUUUGAUAAGAUGCUAUAAAAUGACGAUUAUCGCCAGAAUAAUAUGAUUAUUCAAUCGUUCAAAAAGGACAGCAGAGGGGUAAGUUCAUCAAAUAAAUCUGGAGGUAGCUAGUUUAAUUAGAAUCAGCAAAAUUCAAAUGAUCAGAUCCAAAGUAAGCUACAGCUUCUGAAAAGUAGGUCUAGUCAGUCCCAAUAAAAUUAAUUAUCCCAUCAAAACUCCAAUGUCCAAUCGAGCUAGAUAGAUGACGAUUCUUUAAGUUCAAUCGCACAUAUCUCUAAUUCUAUCAUCACUGAAAGAAAUAAAUCAGUUAGAAAUGCUCAAGAGAGUGGAUGUGUUGAAGAAGAAGUCUUCAGAAAACCUAGCUCAAAAUCGCAAAUUAAACAAGGAAAAGUGUACUUGGAAGAUUCAGAAUUAGUAGAACUCAAGAGAAAACUAUCAAAUCCUGGUUACGAGACUGCUUAGUAAUUUUAUUAAGAAGCUGGAGCAUCUCAGACCAACUAAUUCCCUCGACAGACCCAAUAACAUGCGGGCUAAUUUGAAUUGAAUCAAAAUAUUGAAAUGCUUCUAGAGAAAGCUGAAAAAGAAAACUGGUCUGAGAGGUUAGAAGCAUUCAUUGGUCUAUAAUAAAUCAUAUAUGAGUGGAUUGCAAUAAUGGGUGAGGCUAGGGCGAUGAAUCAGCAAUUAACAUUCUAGCAUUUACAAGUAACUCAAGAGAAUAUUUUUGAGAUUUUAAAAUGUAUGGUCAAUCAUUUAGGCGAUAAUCACUUCAAAGUGGUCUUGAUUGUCCAAGAUAGCAUGUGCUAAAUAUUCUAAUUAUUUCAUGAGAUGUUUGCACCAUAUCUGCAAGUUAUUAUAGAAAAACUAUUGAAAAAUGUUACUGAUAAAAAAGAAUCAGUUUGUUCUUCAGCUAAUAUUUUGCUUAAUAUGUUCCAAUAAAUUUAUGGAGGUGAUCAAUUAGUACCUAUCCUUCUCAAAAUACUUGACAAGGCAGAGACUAUAUAAAAUAAAGUAUUGAUUUCAUGUCUUGAAGUGCUAAUGGUACUCUUAAAAGAUGCCUACUAAUUUGCAAUGUCUGAGGACAACAUUAAGAAUUGUGUUAUCAAGGUUUGCUUAAUAGCUAGUGAUAACUCUGCUAAUAAAGCAGUAACACUUCCAAUAAUUGGUGCUCUUCUCACUCUAAGAGAUAAAAAUGUAAAUGCCUCAAUGCAAGCUAUAUUAAUGCUAGACUCAAAGACACUAGAGAUUAUUAAGAGACUUGGUCAUUUCUACGCUCCUGAUUUAGAGGAGAAUAUAGUUGAAUUCAUAAAUAAAAGAAAUGCUUAAUAUGAAGGAAAGGAUGACAUGCCCUUAAGUCAGAUAGAUGAUUCUCCAAGAACUAUACUUGAGAAUAAAAAGCAGAAAUUAUUGACAAAAAAUCCACAUCAAAACUAAUAUGAUAUACCAAAUGCAAUGAAAUCUCCUAAAAAUAUGACAAAUAAUAAAGUGACCCCAAAUUCAUCGAUCACAAGAGCAACUAUCAACUUUGAGGAAUCAAAAAUUACAAAAACUAGUAAAAUUUAGUAGAAAGUUAUGGAUAUGAGUGUCCUAUCAAACAAAGAGGAAGAUGAGGAAAUGCUUUCAUUUUUGAUGAUUGAAAAUUAAGUCAAAAAGCAGAGUACUUAGUAGUCAGAUGAUAUCCUAAAUACAAUCAUCUAGAGUCAAAAUAUAUAAAAGCAAGUUUAAGAUUUAGACCUCAAUCAAAGAAUAGAGCUACUAAAGAAGAUAUAGCAAAGUCAUGUUGAUUCUAAAAAGGAUGGAUAAAUGGGAUUUACCUCUUAAAACUUAGAAAGCAUUUUAACAAUCCUAAAUCUGCUGCUUAAUUCUUAAUAGACCAAGAGCAAUAAAAAUGAUGAAUAGGCUAUGAACGUGUAAAGUGAAUUUAAGGAAAGAACAUUAGAAAUUAUGACUAUCAUAAUACAAGAGAACUUCAAGCGAUUUGUAGAUAUCACUAAAUAAUCUCAAAACAAUCUUUUUGAAUCAUUGAUGCAAGCCUUAAUCCUGAAUUUCAAUGAAAACAAGUACAUUUCAAAGAAAUCAGAGGCGAUAUUUGAUAUCCUAGUUGCUUACUCUCAUAAAUAAUAGUAAUAUUCAGCUUUAAUAAUGAAGACCUUAUUCAAAUUAAAUCAAAUUGACUAGUAAUAGUACUCUGGAAUAUUACUGCCUGUUAUUCUAAGAUUCACUGCGAAAAUAAUCAAAAUCAUUGUCAAAUAAACACUCGUUAGUAUCUAAGAAGACGUUUUUAGAAGUCUUUUGCUGAAUAACAUGAACCAUCCAAACCCUGAAGUCAGAAAAAAUGUGGUGUUCUGCUUGGUUGAAAUGAGGAUUAUAGUUGGAGAAUAUGAUUUUCAGAGUAUUUUUUAGAGACUACCAAUGAGCUAAUAAAAACUAGUAUAGAUUUAUAUUGAAAGAAGAUAAGGAAAUUAAACAUCGACAUCCUCUUAAAUAAGUUCAUAAUAGACUGGGGGGAAAAUUUUAUGA